AUGUCGGUCCCUUCAGCCACUACAGCGGCUAUGCACGCCCCUGUCUUCGUUCCAGCCGCUCCUGCCCAGGAUGACGCGGCGUGGUCCGUCGUCGCGCCGUCUCCCACGGAUUCGGCUACGCCUACCCCGCCUGCUCUUGCAACCCCCGCCGUCUCCUCGACUCAGAAUGCCGCCGCCUGGGGCAAGUGGCCUGCUGUUCCAACUCCGUCUGUCGACACUUCGUGGUCCGACACCGACACGCCCGCGGCGCCCUCUGUCGUGAGCUCACACGCAAGCAAAUGGGUCAAGGGUGACUGCGACAUCGUCACUGCCGACGGCGCGGUCCUGACUGUGCCCUCAUACCACCUCCAGUCGGCCAGUCCCGUUCUGCGCAAGAAGGUCGAGGCAAGCCGCGGGUGGGCGCACGCAAGUGUCGCCGUCAACGCGAGCGCCGAGACGGUCGAAGCCUUCCUCGACAUCGUCACCACGGGCGAAGUCGCGCUGCAGUGGACGUCUGCUGGCGCAGCUAUUUCUAGCGUUGCGCGCCUCGCCGAGUUCCUGGGCCGUUAUCAGUGCGAAGCUGCCGCGAACAUCCUCGUCAAGCACCUGAAGGAACAGGCCGGCAGUGUCCUCCCGCCCAUCUCGCUGCUCCUCGCCGGUAUCCACCUCAAGCGCCCCGAGCUUACCCAGUUCAUGCUCAUGCGCCACGACGUCCCCGAGCCCCAGCUCUGGUGCCUGCCCAGCCCCACCGAGCACGGCACCAUGCCCUUCGUCCCCUUCGAGGUGUACUCGCUCAUUCCUGUCGAAUACCAGUGGGCACUCCGCAUGGCUGGUAUCCAGAAGGGAGAGCAGUCGCCCAAGGGUGGCGUGUAUGGGCGCUUCUGCCAGUACCUCGAGCAAGCCCAGAAGCACGACAAGGUCAAGGCUGUUGAGUCUCCCGUUGAAGAGGAGAGCGAGUGGGACGAGGAUUCCGUCGCGGAUGAGGCCGAGUUAAAGUUGCUACCAGCUAAGAAAAACAGCGAACGGUCUCAGGAUGCCGAGACGCUCGGUCUUUCGGAAUUCGCCGACCAUCGUCAGGCAUCGCUGCUUCAGGAACCUGGCUGA